ACUUGUUUAGAAUUCCCGAAAGAUGGCGGCGGCGCCUCCAGAUGAGGCUAGCCUGCAGUCUCGCAUCAACAAGGCCACCAAUCCUCUGAAUAAGGAGACUGACUGGGACAGUAUCAAGGGAUUUUGUGAUCAGCUCGACAAUGAACAAGAAGGUCCUCAGCUUGCAACCAGACUUCUGGCCCACAAAAUCCAGUCUCCUCAGGAAUGGGAGGCAUUGCAAGCGCUUAUGCUUCUUGAGACGUGCAUGAAGAACUGUGGGAAGCAAUUUCACAGUGAAGUGGGAAAGUUUCGCUUUCUCAAUGAACUCAUCAAGGUGGUCUCACCCAAGUAUUUGGGAGCCCGGGCUCCAGAGCCAGUGAAAAAGAAGGUUUUAGAAAUGAUGUACAGCUGGACGGUGAGGCUGCCAGAUGAGUCCAAGAUAGCAGACGCGUAUCAGAUGCUGAAAAAACAGGGCAUUGUCAAGCAGGAUCCUGUGCUUCCUGAUGACAAGCCCCUCCCGCCCCCUGCACCCAGAGCCAAAAGUGCCAUCUUUGAGGAUGAGGAGAAAUCCAAGAUGCUGUCUCGCUUAUUGAACAGCACACACCCUGAAGAUUUAAGAGCAGCAAACAAGCUCAUUAAGGAAAUGGUUCAAGAGGACCAAAAGCGAGUGGAGAAAGUAUCAAAGCGAGUGAACGCCAUCCAGGAGGUGAAGGAGAGUGUCAGCCUGCUGAGCCAGCUGCUGGAGGGCUACAGCAAGGAGAGCUGCUCACAGAGCAACCAGGAGCUCAUUAAGGAUCUUUACCAGCGCUGUGAAAAGAUGAGGCCUACGCUGUUCCGACUAGCGAGUGAUACAGAGGACAGUGAUGAAGCUUUAGCGGAUAUCUUGCAGGCCAAUGACAGCUUGACGCAGGUCAUCAAUCUGUACAGACAGCUGGUGAAGGGGGAGGACGUGACAAAAGAUGGCAUAACUGUGCCCUCACAAGAAGGCAGCGGUAGUUCAGCUCUUGUAGACCUGACGGGAAUCAACAUUUCAGCCGACACAGCACCAUCCAACCCAGAGACCUCCAGCUUGCAGACUCUGACUCAGAACAUGGGCAUGAGCCUCUUGGAUGAUGAACUCAUGUCACUGGGACUGAAUGUAACAGAAAACUGUGACUCUCAGAACACUUUGCAGUCGGCAGAUAUCACAGAAUCAUCUGCUCCAUCGGUGCCAGCUGCAGUCUUGCUACCAGCUGUUGUCCAAACGCCUCAGACUGCACCAGCAGGGGGCUCCGCUGCUCCUCCUAAAGCCAUGGAAGAGCUCGAAUUGCUGGGAAAGACUCUGUUGCAGCAGUGCCUACCUCCAGAGAGCCAGCAGGUCAAAUGGGACAAGCUGCAGCCUCAAUCUCGGGUGACUUUACGAGAUCUCCAGACUAAGUCCACCACUAACUCCAAGCCUGCCCCUCCUUCAACCGCCACCUCGUCUGGUCCUGCUUCUGCACCCGGGCCGACAUCCAGCCUGACCGUCCAGUCAGAGCAGCCCGACGCUCUCCUCCUCUCCAAUCUUAGUCUCACAGUUACUGAAAAAAGCUCUUUACCCGCCGCUGACCCCUACGAAAACAUCUCUCUGGCUGACGUUACAGUGCCUCUGGAAUCAAUCAAACCUAGCACCUUGUUACCAGUGACUGUAUUUGACAAACACAGUCUUCGGGUUUUGUUCACCUUUGCCCGCGACUGUCCUCCAUCGAGACCUGACGUGCUGGUUGUGAUCAUCUCCAUGCUGUCCUCGGCCCCGAUUCCUGUCACCAACAUCCGCUUCCAGGCAGCCGUUCCCAAAGUGAUGAAAGUCAAGUUGCAGCCUCCCACCAGUACUGAUCUCCCAGCCUUCAAUCCCAUCUUGCCUCCUGCCGCCAUCACACAGAUUUUGCUGCUGGCAAACCCUCAUAAGGAAAAAGUACGUUUGCGGUACAAACUAACUUUCAACCUGGGGGACAAAUCUCAUGAUGAAUCCGGCGACGUCGACCAGUUCCCGCCUCCAAACACUUGGGGGAACCUUUAAGGAGAAAAGGACCAUUCUCCCGUCAUCUGAUCUGCUGCUUCCUUUUACAUUUAGGUUGAAAUUGUCCGUUAACACUGGCUGAGGCGAGACAACCUCGUUAUACUUUUCAAACUCCGUUUUGGAAAUACAGACAUGAGAGCAGUUGUGGGAACCAGCUUCGACCUUGUGCCUUCCUGUCCUUACGCGAUCAUGUCCAUAUUUCCGAGUGUUGUUGCUACUUUCUCUUCUUCCAACAAUCAGUCCAGCACAGUGAUAAAAAGCCAACUUUCAGAAACAAUCAAUCCAGUGACAUUUGGGAAAAAUAUUGAGCCUUUUAAAAACUGAAUGUGUGAGUUUAUCCAUACUGCUAGACACAUCCCAUGUCAUGUGAAUUACAUACGACAGCUGGUCUUUUUUUUUCUUUUUUUUUUACAAAGCCAGAUGCUCCUUGAUGUAUUCCCACCUUGGGAUUCAAAAUGCUGCACGUUCAGCUGCACAUUAGAGUUGUGACGGUUUAUUUUGAAUGUUCACAGUAGAGUUGCAACCAUUUUCUAUCAGUCAGUACAGCUUCUGUGUUAAAGUCAGUUAAAUGCUUUGAGCGAUGUUUUAAAAAUACAGGUCAUGAUACAGAAUAGUCUAUUUUACUUAAUAACUUGACAGGAUUAAAAUUAGCUGAUGUAUUUGCUCAUUGUUUCAGCCCAACUUCUGUGUUUGCAGGAAGAGAUGCAGUGGUGUCAUGCUCCACUUAGUAGCAAACCACUUCCCCUUUAAAUGAACGCUGGUGAUGUUUGUUUGUUUGACAAACACAGAUGGAAAUAAUGAAACUGAGUGUAAUUCCCACAUCUGAAAUCAUUGUAGGAGUUUCCCCCUUGACUAUAUGGAGUUUGAUCUAAAAUUAAGUAGUAACCAAAUUAUCCAGGGAGCACAAAUAAUGAAUCAUUUUUAAGCAUUGUCUGGGUUUUAAUAUGUUUGGAUAAAUUACAGUCAGGUGGUGUGUGUGUGUUUAAGGUGUAACCAUGGGCCUUUUUCACAGCAGAUACGUUGACAUGGCAUUGCAGGAAAAGCACAGGUAACAUAGACAGUGGCUUUGUUGUAUAUUGUGAAGGUGAAAGCAGCCAUUCAUUCUCUUUAUUUACAGCUGUGCUUUUCCCACUGUGACGUGUCAAAAAGCUGACGAACGGAGGGCAUUACAUCUCUGCCCCUUUACUUCUUUUAUUUCUGCACUUUUCUGUUUUCAAAAGAUUUUUUUUUACAUUAUGUUUCACUCAGGAUAUUGAUUUGGAGAUUUUUUUUUAUUUCUCAUACAGCCUGAACCUACAUGCACUUAUUUUGUUUAUAUUUUGCACAUGAAAUCAUUCCCUUGUUCAGUACAUUUGUCUUUUUCUCAUUUUCUGCCUUUUCUACUGUUGAUUGACCCAAAGAGGGACAUGUGAAGUCCUGAGUUGACGUCACUGACAUCUGGUGAUUCUACCACAUGUGCCUGAGAUGAAACGUUUGCUUUUCUUUUGCUCUGUACAUAUAUGUAUACAAAUGACUUGAUCCUUGUUUCCUUGUGUUCAUGUCCUAACCAGAAAAUGAUGUUACUGAAUCAUUCUAAUGUCCACGAGUUGAUUGGAGCACGGGUCUAUGAGCAUUUCUUAGGAGUCAUAAAGAUUAAAAUAAACUGAGACUGGAGGCAGACUGAUUCUGAAAUACAUGUGCAACUCCAGAUGUGUGGAAGUACAGCAGGGAUAGAGCUGGGAAGUCUGUGAGAUUCCGUUUAAUUGUCAUAAGGGAUCGAUUUAGGAAUUACCCACUGAGCAAUAUUGAUUCAGCUUAAUUGAAAGCAUGUGUUAACUUUCAUGUGGAAUAUCAGCCCAUAUCAGACCGUCAUUGCCAUUUACCAUAUCACUAAGCUAAAUACACUAUAAAUGAGCUGUUCUGGUUUAUUUGCAGGCAUAGUUACACUGCUAACCUCUGGACUAGCAGGGAGAAAGCAAUAAUGAAAAAAUUUAAUUCAAAUUUUGUUGCUCAAGCAGUUUGUAAAUAAUACAGAUUUGAAUGUUAUGUACUGUAAAUAUACAUUCAGAGGAACUGUGACAGAUUUGUCUAUAUGAGAUUCAUAUUGUACAAGUCCAGAGAGAUGCAAAUUUGCCUUCUUGUCAACGCCAUAACUGCAUCUCCUUCACAGUUUGUUCCUCUUACGGAUCUGCAGCAGCAAAUUAUUUAACCAGAGUACUUUAAAUUAGAAGUCUGGCUUUACUCGGAGGCUAUAUUUAGAGGUAUUACCUCAACAAGUAAUUUGAGAUUUGCAAUGUUGUCAUUACUGAAAAUGACAGUGAUAACAUUUUCAGCAAUGUCAAUUACAUUUUUCUACAACCAGGACAAAUGCAAUCACCCGAAAUGAGGCCCAUGUCAUGUUUGGGUUGAGUUGCAUUGAAGUUCCCCCUUUACCAGACCUAUUGCAGGUGCAGGUUCAAAUUGAAUUAAAUACCUGCUGCAAUGAAGUUCACAGCAAUCACUGUGCAUGCAAUGCUGUCCUUGUAACCUUUGUCUAGUUAUAAAUAAGUGAAUCCCACUGGACUUCCCACAUGAUCUAGGCCUAACAAACAAAAACAUUAUUUAGGGAGCUUAAAAACAUGUAACUUUAGACCCAAAGUGUGUCAAUCAACUUAAACAAGUGAUGCACACACAAAAAAGUGCUGACACCUGUAACAGUGUGAAUGACAGAAUAUAAAUUCCUGUAUAGAUUUUUCUGAGGGAAGGAAAGUCUUUUCCAUUGUGUUCCUACUGUAAAUAAAAGCAUCGUGCCAUUAUGCGUAUUUACCAAUAAAAGUACACAUGUACAUA